AUGGCUCGAACUAAACGGAAGAGGACUCGCGCGGAGAUUGAACAGGCGUGGAGGGACUAUCAGCUCGCAAACGGCCCCCCAAGUGAACGCGAAGAACCCGCUGCAAAGCAGCGAAGGCGCAGUCGGAUAAGUAGCCACAAGACCAGAUUAAACAGAGAAUUAGCUGCUUUAGAAGAUGGUGGAAGCCGUCUUGAAAGUGUCGCCCCUCGCACUACAAAUGAGCAGAGCGUGCGUGCCUACAACGCGGCACAGCAGCGCGCGCGUCGGGCAGGACUGCCACAGGUCACACGCGAUGCAGAGCGUGAACGCCACUCCAUUCGGCAGCGUGUGGCGCGAGCAAGCCUCUCGGAAGACUAG